AUGCAGUUCACUCAGAUCCUGGCCAUUGCCGCCGUCCUGAUCUCUCCCGCUCUCGCCGUGCCCGUUGAACGUGCCUGUGCCUACACCUGUGGCUCCGUGUGCUACACCAGCAGCGCCGUGAACAACGCCCUCAACGCCGGCUUCGAUCUCUACUCGGCCGGCUCGUCCGAGAACAGCUACCCCCACAAGUACAACAACUACGAGGGCUUUGACUUCCCCGUCGACGGCACAUACUAUGAAUUCCCCAUCCUCAAGAGCGGCAAGACGUAUACCGGGGGCUCACCGGGUGCGGACCGUGUCAUUUUCAACGACAACGAAGAGCUGGCUGGUGUGAUUACGCACACGGGUGCGAGCGGAAACAACUUUGUCUCUUGCUAG